GUAAAUUCAUUAUGAUCAAAUUAAUGCUGUUAAUGACAGCUAUAAAACGAAAAUCGCAGCAUUUAAAGCUCAUUAGUGAGAAAUUAAGCCUACGACAUGGACCUUAAGUUAGCAGCUAUUUUAACGAUAACAGCACUAGCCGCUUCUGCGAUCGGCAACCCAGUUCCUCCUGGCAACCCAACAGCCACCAACCCAAAAUACGUUCCAGUGUUCAUCUCCGCCGAUGCCCUCAACCGCAUAAACGAGAAAGACGAUCAAGCAGACCAAGACCAACCAGAAGAGGGUAACCAUAAUGAUUUAAACAAGGAAGCACAGAACCUUCUCUACGGCCCACCAGCACCGGUGUAUGAGCCUGACCAACAUGAACCUAGUUAUACCCCACCAUUGAUGCCACAAAAUUAUCAAAACAACCAGCAACUACAACAGCAACAGUAUCCAAAUAUGCAAACCCCAAUACAGCAAACUUAUCAACAACCAAUCCAACAACAGUAUCAAGUUCAGCAACCUUUUCAAACUCAACCAAAUCAGAUUCAGCAGUACCCUAUCAACCAACCUCAGACGCAGCCAUUUUACCCGAUGAACCAACAACAAAAUCAACCGAUCUUACUUCAACCAGGAUCUCAACCUUUAUACGGCAACCAACAACAAAUAAUACCACUUGGUCAACAACCCUUGAACCAGCAACCGCUUUUGAACCAACAGCAACUCAUAGCUCAACCAAUCCAGACGUAUCAGCAACCAAACCAGCUAAUCAGUCAACCAGGAAAUCAGCAAUUGCUAACUCAAUCUACGCAGCCAAUUUUGUUAAACCAGCAAGCUCCAAUGCCGAACCAACAAAUACUUCUGCAACCAAACCAAAAUGGAUUAAUCCAGCAAAUACCUAACCAGCAAACUAUGAUCUUACAGCCAAAUCAAAACGGACAAAUAAUUACCAGCAAUCCCCUUCCUAAUCAGAUAAAUCCAGGAUACAUUCAAAACCAGAAUCAGAACAUGUACGCGGUCGUCCCCAUACAUGGACAAAAUUUGGGAACGAACCAAAACGUGGGCUCAAACACUUAUCUAGUGCCAGUUCAACAAGUGCCUAAUCAAGUUUUCGCUGUAAAUUCUGGAUAAAAUUACGUUAAUUAUCAAAUGGUUGUAAAUGUUUGUACUACUACACUACUGUUUCAAAUAAGUAUAGGUAGAGGGUGGUUUAGCCGGUUGUCGGCCAGUUUAGCAAAUCUUCGAAUUCAAAUGGAUAUUCUGAACAAGGUAUUCGACAAAUCUUUGUCAUUUGAAGAUUUUUACACUUAAAAUAUACUACACUUGCCA